CGUAAUAGUUUCACCCGCCCGAACUUUUGAUCCGAUUUCGAAUCAAGAAGAUCCAGAGAACUCCAGAGAUCAGUGUUGGUUUCAUUUCAGAAACGUUCAAAGUACACCACGUAGAAGACGCAGAAAAAUGAGAUCAAACGUUGUUUCUGAGGCAGGAUUGCCUACCAGGGUGGGCCAAUGGUGGGAAGGCAUUCCAUUUGUUACUUCAGCAGUGGUGAUUGUCUGUGGAGCCAUUUACUUGGUCUGUCUUUUGUUUGGAUACGAUUCUUUUGUUGAAGUAUGCUUCUUGCCCUCGGAAAUUAUUUCAAGGUUUCAAGUGCACAGGUUUUACACCUCUAUUCUUUUUCACGGUUCUAUGCUACAUGUUCUAUUCAAUAUGAUGGCUUUGGUUCCUUUGGGCUCUGAGCUGGAGAGAGUUAUGGGAUCUGUCCGCUUGUUGUACAUGAUAAUUCUAUUGGCUACAAGCAAUGCAAUAUUUCAUCUUCUAAUAGCACUACUGGCUGCCCAUAAUCCCUUCCACCAAUAUCAGUAUCUCAUGGAUGAGUGUGCCAUAGGCUUCUCGGGAGUUUUAUUCUCUAUGAUCGUCAUAGAGACGAGUCUAAGUGGAGUUCAGUCUAGAAGUAUGUUCGGAUUAUUCAAUGUUCCUGCUAAAUGGUAUGCAUGGAUCUUAUUGGUAGUGUUCCAGCUUCUUAUGACCAAUGUAUCACUACUUGGACAUCUAUGUGGCAUUUUAUCAGGAUUUGCAUAUACCAGUGGGUUAUUCAACCUUAUAAUACCUGGAACAUCCUUCUUUUCAGCCAUCGAAUCCUUCUCUUGGCUUGCAACUUGUGUGAGGCGACCAAAAUUUAUAUUGUGCACUGGCGGAAAUUCUUCAGGCUAUAUCCCCACAUAUUCAAGUCAAAAUACAACAUCCAGUGGGUUGCUUUCCGGAAAUAUGUGGAGAAAUCUUUCUUCGUGGAUGCCAGAAAGGGAAACAUCUGCUCAGACAGCCCAAGACAGUAGAUUCCCUGGGAGGGGAAGGUCUCUUGGUUCUGGUCGAAGUCAAACAGUUUCUACCUUAAGUUCUGAUUCAAGCCUGCAGGCAAGACUCUUGGAUAAUAGCAGCAGCCCUAAUCAUCCAUCAGGUCCAGCAGCAAUUAGUGCAGGACAGCAGAUUUUAGAUGGAAGGCAGGCAGUGGUAGAUGGUUUAACUACUGCCGGUGGCCUUCCAAGCCAUCAGGGCUCAGUUGUGUCUGAUGAAGAUAUCCAAAAGCUUGUAGCAAUGGGUUUUGAAAAGACACAGGUUGAAGUUGCAGUGGCAGCUGCUGAUGGGGAUUUAAAUGUAGCAGUGGAAAUUCUUAUGAGCCAACAGUAAGCAGGGUAAAUCGUAAUAGACUGCUCGUACUUGGACUUCAUGAAGACCUCCCAUGAACAAAGAGUUCUCUUCUGGAUAUUAUAUUUUCUGACAGGCAUUUUUCUUUCUUUUUUCUUUUUUUUAUAUCCUAUUUUAGAGAGGGGGUGGUGGUGUAUGAGAAAGGAGGAGUGGGGAGAUAUUUUGAUGUGUACACAAUCAUACAAACUUUUCUCAGAAGGAAAGGAGAUAGUGUAACUGAAAUUCAACUUGAUGGGUAAAUUGUUAUCUUGAAAACUUUAUGUAUUGGUUAUUGAACUUGAAGAUGCAUUGGCAGUUUGGAACUUCGUUGCUACCCAA